UUAAACUACAUGAAGGGGACGCAAGACGGAUUGAUGCGUUGGACAAGAAUAGAAGGCUUUGUAUAAAGCCUGAUAAGCAGGGAAAGGUGUUUGGGUGGACUUUCGAUCGCCUGGGAUGGCAAGAAGAAAGGACACCUCAGGCAGAAGCAAAACUUUAGAGGUGGAUUCCAAUGGAAUCACGCUGGAACUGGAAUUGACUAGGUUUCAUUUGAGCUGAUAAACGUCUGUCAUUUGUCCCCACUUGCUGUAAGUGUCAUUGUGUUAUCAUCUUCUGGUGAGUAGCCCCCCGCGGGGAAAUCCCAGGCUGUCUUGUGAUAGUGGUGCCGGGCCGUUUGAGUACUAUCACUGUGUAACUUUGUGAACAUCUCACGACUCUGACGAUUUGUGAAGCCAAUCCAGCGUGGAGGUCUACUAUUCACCCCGACAUGUCUGAAUGGCUAACGAACACACUGACCUUGAACACAGGGGCCAAGGUUCCCAUUGUGGGUCUUGGAGUAUUUGCUAGCAGAGAUCCUGUUGAACAGGCUAAAGCGGCUCCCUGGAUCCUCACCGCCCUGCAAGCAGGUUACAGACACAUUGACACAGCAUGGAUUUACGGAACAGAGAAACCUGUUGGAGAUGCGAUCAAGGCCUCUGGUAUUCCCCGUGAAGAACUCUUCGUUACCACGAAGCUUCCCUGGAACCACACGAAACGGGUACAGUGGUCUAUCGAUCAGAGCUUGAAGAACACGGGGCUGGACUAUUUUGACCUUUACUUGAUACACUGGCCUCAUAGCGUCGCAUAUGAUGAAAAUGAUUCUAGGCCACGAAACCCUGAUGGUCAGAUUAAACUAGAUGAAACAGGCAACUUCAAUGAUACCUGGGCUGAGAUGGAGAAGGUCCUGGCCAGUGGGAAGGUCAAAGCGAUUGGACUCAGCAAUUUCUCCAUCAAGACGAUGGAAGAACUAUUCAAGACUGCUAAAGUAACACCGGCCAUGCUUCAAGUCGAGAUGCACCCUUAUCUGGCACAGAAUGAGCUGUUAGCUUAUUGCAAAGAGAAAGGAAUCGUUGUAACGGCAUAUGCUCCGACAGGUUAUGCGACCGUACGAGAAGAUCCGACGGUGGCUGAGAUAGCCGGUCACUACGGCGCUACACCUACACAAGUAAUACUUUCAUGGCACGUGAGUAGAGGCGUGGUUGUUGUUCCAAAGAGCGCGGACCCUGCACGACAGAAGGAGAACUGCCAGAUCUUCAACCUAUCAGAAGCGGAUGUGCAGAUCAUCAAUGGGCUUGAAAGAAAUCAGCGCAUAUGCAAUAAGCCCGACGAGUCCGGAAACGUAGCGGGGUGGUCUAUGGAAAUGCUGGGUUGGAUGUGAUCGAGAGCAGCAAACCUACUGUUAUAUCACUCCCCACGACUCCUGCAAUAGAUAUCAAUGCUGAACCAUUCGAAUGGUUGAGUACACAGUACAACAGGGGAAA